UCUCAUCACGCAAGAGCCUUUUCUUCCUCCCUCCCUCCCUCUCCGUUUUUCUUUAAUUUUUUGUCUGUCUUCCUGGCUUUCAAGAAGAUGGGUAUUCUUCAUGAAGAGAAGGUUCUUGAAGAAACUAUAUACAGCCUCGAAGAGAAAGUUUCUGUUUUCCUAGCCGAAGAUAGUACCGGCGACUUGGACCGGUCUUUGGAUGGCGAACCGGAAGAAAACAACUCCGAUAACACUGAUCCGGUUGAGAGGACCUUGUACUGGGAAUCACGAGAAGCCUUGCUUCAGGAAAUUUUAGAUCACUAUAACUUAACAGUACCAAAGUUGCGGCGAGAGAUUAGCCAAACAAUAGAGGUAGUGAAGGAGGCGGAUUUCUGCAGGUGCUCCAAGCCAAGUGUUAAUGGUUGCACCCAUUGUUUGCGACGAGCCGUUGUCAACUUGCUUUGUGAGAAAGGAUUCAGGGCCACUCUCUGCACCUCUAAAUGGAGACACACUAGAAAGUAUCCGGGAGGGACACAUGAGUAUAUUGAAGUGGUAGCAAGCACCUUAUCUCUAAAGAAACACGUGACACUCCUGAUGGAAUUGGAGUUCCGGGACCAAUUCAAGAUUGCAAAAGCUUGUGAAGAGUACCACAAACUUGUGAGCCAAUUACCAGAGUACUACAUAGGAAAACCCGACCACCUGAAUGCCAUUGUUCAUGUUGUGUGUGAUGCGGCCAAGAAGUCGAUGAAGGAAAAGAAAAUACACAUGGGACCGUGGCGUAAGAGAAGCUUCAUGCAGAUGAAAUGGUCAGGUUCUAGUGAACAGAGGCAGCCCAGCUUUGAGCAAUCCUUGAGCAGUGAUCAGCUAAUUUCAUCAUCAUUAAUGCUUAGGCAAGCGAGUACUCAUGAAUCAUGCUUGCAAUUUACUGCUGCUCCGGCCGUGGUGGUCACCUAAUUAAGAAUUUUUGGGAACUUCUUACACGUCUCCAUCCACAAUUUUGUCUCUCCUUUUGGGCUUGUGCUUAGUUUGUCAGCGAUAUAUGGCUACGAGUUUGAAACUGAACUUAUUGCGGCCGAUAUUUAUAUAUUAUGAAUAUGAGAAUGUGAGCAGAGCGAGCCCAAUGCCAAGCAUCUCUUAAGUAUUGUAUUGUAGCUAGUAUUGUAUUUUGUUGGUGUUGAUCGGACCUAAGUAGCAGUACUAGUGUAUGUAGAAUGCUCAUUAAAGACAGCUUAUAUAUACACAACAUCUAUUUCGAGC